CACUUUCACCAUUUUUGUCUUUAUUUACUUAGUCACUCAACUUUCCACUAAUACUAUCUUCACCACAUUGACCAUGAUAAAUUAUUGUAUUCAUUCCCAUAUUUAUUUAGAAUUUUAUAUUUUUCAACCUCUUUCCAUGAAGUUUCAUAGCCCUGAUUUUGAUUAUUAUAUAGGGUAUUUCUCAAGCUAUAACUACAAUCUUAGGAUCAUUCUUUUAGUCUCUCUUACUACAUUAAAUUGUUCAAGUUACCCAAGAAACAAUCUUUUACUUACCCAUUAGAGUUUGAUUCUUUCUUAGAAAUUUGCUGAUUUUUCCCUUGAUUUCUUGUUGUUUGAUUGAUUAUUAGUAAAUUUUUUGUGGGUAUUGGGUUUUUCAUCAUACCCACUUCCUAUAAUAAAGGGUGUUUCUUGUUCCACCAUGAAUUCAGUUCUUGUUGAUUCUGAUUUCAUGAACAAUAUCUUCAAAUUGAACCCAGAAAUGUUUCUAAAUUUUCCAAAGAACCCAACUUUUGAAGAUAUUUUUCAAACCCCUGAUUUUGUUGAUCCUCAAACACUUCAAUUUGAUCAAAAUGAGAGUAAGAUCAGUUUAGAAACACCUGAUUUGAUUCAUUUAGAUACUCUUUCACUUGACCAAAAUGAGAGUAAAAUCACUUCAAAAGUACCUGAUUUUCCUGAUAAUUGUCUCAAAUUCAUCAGUGAUAUUCUCUUGGAAGAAAAUUUGGACAAAAAUCCUGCUUCUGCACAAGAAUACAGGGCUCUCCAAGCCACUGAGAAAUCACUGUAUGAUGUUCUUGGGGAAUCAUACCCAUACACAUACACUCCGUCUGAUUUCUUACCUUCAUUUCUGAAUCAAAACCCUGAUACCCCAGAUGGUUCUUCUUCUUCUGAUAAGAGUUUUAGCUCUUUUGAGUCAAACUUGGGUCUCAAACAAUCUGAAUUAGUAGAUUCCAUUGUUAAUGUGGAUGAUUAUGUUCAUUCCUUCUUGGACUUAAAUCACCAAUACUCGGGUUCGAGCUCUGAGGAUGCCGAGGAUGGGGUUGUAAAUGAGGCUAUUACUCCGAAUAAGCUCCUAAUGACUACUCCCAAUACAGGGGAGAAGCCAGUGAAGGGGUUGAGGAGGAAGAAAAGUCGUCGAAGGGAUGAUGCUACUCAUGAUCAAGGAGGGAGGAGUAACAAAGUUCAGGCAGCUAGUAGUGAGGAUUAUGUUGAAAUGGAGCAAUAUGAUGAUGUAUUGCUUUGUAAAGAAUUCAACCAUAAUACCUCUACUAGUUUUGAUGCAUGUUCAGCUGGUGAGAGGCGUGGGAAUUUGUCGAAAAUAGGAGGUGAUCGGAGUCGAAAAACUCGUGGGAAGAAGCAAAACAUUAAGGUAGAAGAAGUUGAUUUAAGGACACUUUUAAUUCAAUGUGCACAAGCAGUUUCAAGCUUUGAUCUUAGGACUGCAAAUGAAGUGCUUAAGCAAAUAAGGCAGAAUUCUUCACCUUAUGGUGAUAGCAUUCAGAGGCUUGCACAUCAUGUUGCUAAUGGUCUAGAAGCGCGGUUAGCUGGCACUGGUUCGACUGUUUCUUCUGAUAUAUGUGACAUUAGGAUCUCAUCAUCCGAGUUCUUGAAAGCUUACAAGGUUUAUGUUACAGCCAUUCCUUUUAAAAGAAUGUCAUACUAUGUUGCCAACAAUGCAAUACUUAAGUUGGUUGAGAAAGCAACCAAAAUCCACAUAAUUGAUUUUGGUAUAUUCUUAGGUUUACAAUGGCCUUGCUUCAUACAAGCCCUCUCGAAACGAUCAAAUGGCCCUCCUCAACUUCGUAUGACAGGAAUAGACUUUCCUCAGCAGGGUUUUCGGCCUGCAGAAAGGGUUAGCGCAACAGGGCGUAGGUUAUCAGGUUAUUGUGAGAGAUUUGGUGUCCCAUUUCAAUAUCAAGGCAUAGCUGAUAAAUGGGAAAACAUCAAACCUGAAGACCUGAAAAUCGAGUGUGAUGAACUCGUAAUUGUGAAUUGUAUGUUAAGGUCUGGAACACUACUUGAUGAAACAGUUGAUGCAAAUAGUCCAAGGGAUGGUUUCUUGAAGUUGGUUAGAAAUUUAAACCCUCAUCUUUUCAUACAUGGAAUUGUGAAUGGUACAUUCACUGCUCCAUUCUUCAUCAAUCGUUUCAAAGAAGCACUCUUUCACUACUCUUCAGUGUUUGAGUUGUGUGAUGCAACUUUACCUCGCGAAGCACACGAAAGAUUACUGGUUGAGAGCGAGAUAUAUGGGAAAGAACUCAUGAAUGUUGUAGCAUGCGAGGGCGCGGAGCGAGUGCAAAGGCCUGAAACAUACAAGCAAUGGCAGGUGCGUGCAGCAAGGGCAGGAUUGAGGCAAUUUCCGUUGGAUAGGUCGCUUGUGAGUAAAGCCAAGGACAUGGUAAAAGCAAAUUACCAUGAAGAUUUUCUUGUAGAUGAAGAUAGGCUUUGGAUGCUUCAAGGUUGGAAAGGAAGAAUAUUUUGUGCUCUUUCCUUUUGGCAACCUUCUUUAUAGUUUUCUAGUGAUCAUGCUUGUAGUUGUUUGCAGUGUCAAUUUGUAAUGUCUUGAUCAGAAUGUAAUGUAACAUAAUUUUUCAGCCUUUUAUUUAGUUCUUGGUCUUUGCAUUCAAGAUGAUUGUGAGUGAAGAAGACUGCAAGUAAUUUCUAAAAUGUGAUUCAGAGCAA